AUGCGUCGUGUACCCCGUCUCAGGCAGCCAAGCCUGCUGGCAGCCUCCCCGAUCCAAUGCACCUGCGCCGCGCCCGCCACAUUCCCCAUCUCAGCAACAGCAUCACGAGCCCUCUCAACGACACCCGCACCCCCCAGCCGCGUCCGCAAGUUCCUCUGGAAAGGCGGCGACGCCCCCGGACCCGAAGACCCCUACGCCGCCGAAUCCUCCCAGGCCCUCCGCCAGCAGCGCAUCGCGCAGGAGCUAGCCGAGGCCGAGGCCGAGCUGGCCGCCUUCGAGGCCGAUAGCCAGCAGACGCAGCGGGCCGAGCAGAAGCGCCGCCAGAAGCCCCAGAGCCGGCUCGCGCACCAGAUCAAGAACAAGCGCGUGUGGGCGCCGACGGAGAAGGAGGUCGAGGGAGGAGACUACGUGCCCGCCAAGACGAUUGAUGGGCUCGAGGAGAUUGGUGGGCUUGAAGGGUGGUGGGAGCAGGAGGGCCGCUGGGGCAAGGAGAGCGAGUACGUUGGCUUCGCGAGCGCCGGUGAGGUCGUCACAGAUGCCGAUGUGUGCGCUGCGCGCGUGAGGCAGGCUGUUGUUGAGGCGCUUGCUGUUGCUGGGUCUUCUGCUGAGGUGCAGGGCCGGUUGACGGCUGCGUGGGCCAGGGGCGACGCGGAGGGCUUCAGCAGGGCGACGGCGCUGGGAUUAAAGACUGGGGAGGAUGGUAGCGUCUCUCUUGAGGGUGAUGCUGCGGCGAUUGAGGGCGUCGUCGCGCCUUUGCUGGAAGCUCAGGAGGCGCAGACCUCAGAGGGCGCUGUCGAGGCUGCCGAGGCGAAAGCCUUGGUAGAGGCAUGGGGCGAAGCCUGGAAGAGCAUUUCUCUCGAGGACGCACGAUUCAAGUUUGCUGUCCACAAGCGCGUCUUCCAACUGACGGGCCACCGCGUCCACGACGCCAAGCUCGCGCAGAUCAACACGGUCGGCGACCUCAUCGCCACCGUCGUCAAGCCGCCCAAGCCCACAAAGGUCGCUGAGGCCAUUGCCCAGCAGGGCGCGCUGCUCGAUCUGCCCAACGUCCGCGUCCGCGACCGCCGCGUCACACCCAUCGACAAGGAGACCGAGGUCGGCCGCUGGAAGGUCAUGGAGGCGGAGCUCAAGAAGAGAGGUCUGCCCGUUACCGGACACAAGCACCUCGCCAAGCCGGUGCAGAGGGCAUGGAUUCAGGGCAAGGCAGGAGACUUGUACAGAUAUUGUACUCUUUGUAACAUAUGGAAUAUCAAUGAUUCUUGCUCUGAUAAUAUUUGGAUCUUGGCUACACUUUUGAGUUGGAAAAUAUCUUCAGUAAUACCUCGAUCUAGCCAAGUUCAAGUCAUGUUGGAAUUCAUGCUCGGACGAGCCAUCGUCAACAUGCGUUGGCAGUUUCUACCUAGUCUCUAUCUCUCCCUUUGGGCCCGUUUGUUCACAAUAGACAUCACCGUUCUGCAUUGUUCUUAUGCGGAUACGUGCAGAGCAAAUACAUACGGCCAACAAACAGACGGACCUCGACCGGGAGAGCUUUGCCAAAACAUCAUCCUUUUCGCCCUCCUUGCCUCCUCCCCCUCUCAGGUCUCUGUCCUUUUCCACUUACCGUAUCUCGUUACCUUCCAUUCUUCUUACAACACUUUCCGCCAUUCAGACCUGCGCUAUUCUCGUCAGGCACUCAUCGCACAGUUUCUGGCCGUACCUUUGCCUGAGAUCCUUUCCCUCGCAUCACAUUACAUGAGAGGGUGGUCCCCGGUCAUCAGGUUGGAGAGGUGGCUACACUGGGCAAGGUCUCAGAAGCUGCCCGUGUACAGCCAGUACCCGGAAAAGUCUGCAAGAAUUGACAAGGAACUCAAAUCAGUCUCCUGGGAUUUCGAUUCGUCGGCUUUUCCUCGCCUUGGGGACCAAGAAUGCUGGAAGCGUAUGUACUCUGCACUCCGGUAUCCGGCACGCAACCCCAACGAGCAUUACUACAUCAAUGCACUCAACGCUGUCGAUUGCGAGGUGUCGAGGAUCCUCAACAAUGGGAGCAUGCACCAGACACUCGUCGACUUGGCGAGGAAGGCCGGCUUCGACGCGCGCAAAUGUUGCGACCCGUCGCUCUCGAAGGAGCAAAGAAAAUAUGAGCCUCCGAAAGGAUCUCGGCAGAUGGACAAUGCUGACGCACACACAAAUGACAACCUAGGGGCACUCCCUUCCGGGCAAGUUGGUCUGCAGGAACCGCGCAACUUCGCGGCUCUCUCGGAGCUCUUGUUUCAGCAGGAGGCCCUCAAAGAGAAGAACGAGGCUGCAGCUGCUUAUACGACUCCAACAAGCGCUGUUGCGCCCUUGACCGGCAAUGGAGGCGGCUCGCAUCGACAUGCGAGCGCGUCCUCUUUUGAAGGCCCCAGAACUGAGCCAAAGGCAUUAGCAAAGAGUGCCACGAUGGACAAGCACGUUGGCUUGCAAUCGAGCAAACAGCCCUUGUCGGUUCAAGAAUCAGACGUUGCUGGAAGACUGUGUUCCGAGGGAACAAUCAGGGACCUCACAGAUCAAACGGUACACCCGAUAUCCAGCGACGCAGAUUCGAAAAUGAAAGUCAACGGAUUUGUUAUUCCAAAGAGACAGCGCGGGGGUAGCGUCCAGCAAGAGAAGGCUAUAGCCUUUGCGAGGCCAGAGUCGAGAUCAGCAACGAGCACAGCCUCGAGAGGAGGGCCAUCUGGUUCCCAACCCCCGCUCUCGAAGCAGCCUCCUAUUCAGGUCCCCACACACGCUCAGCGAACUUUGGAACAACAGACUCGACGAGAAUCGAGUGGUUCCUUGAGCGUCUCUCUACCCCAGCAUGGCGCAUUGGCCAGAAGACCGAGUGGUACUAAGGGAUGCGAACUUUCGACGCCGUCAACUCCACCGCCACAAGCCUUUUCCAGCAAAAUCCAGCAACGCGGUAGUCUGGUAGUCAAUGCAGAGUCUCAAGAGCAAAGUGCUCCACUGGCAGAACACAAGACGGCUAAGCAACCCGUUGUGGUCUCGACCCAGGAAAACACGACCCAAGGGCAAAACCUCACAAGUGCGUUGACGAAGAAGCUUGAGGCGACUAUCAACCAGAAUCUCUUGGAAGCAAUCCGAGGAGUCUACCGCAGCUCUCCCAAGUUGAUGGAGGGAAAGAUACGAGGAUGGCUUGACGGCCCAGAGUACCGCUCCAUGGGAUUCGCUGUUCUCCGGGACGUUGAGAGCGAGACGACGAAGAUGGUUAGAGAGUCUCUCGUCGCCAAGAUGAGGGCCAUGGAGCAAAUUGUCAAGGGCUCUGAGAAUCCGCAUCAAGCGGAGUCACCCCGGGACACCAAGCGCAAGGCUGAUGAAAAGGAUGCCGAAGGAGGUGACCAGAGUCAACAGGCUGCGAAGCGGCAGCGGGGCGACGGUGGUGGCAGUGGUUGUACUGCAUGA